AAUGUUGUAGAUAGACGAUACUAACCUCCCUCCCUCCUCCUCCUCCUCCUCCUCCUCCCUUCCUUUGGCUCUUCUCCCGAGAUCUUUGCUCUCUAUUCCCUUCGCUCCUUUCUCCUUCCAUAUCCAGAGUCUUACUUGGGAUGAUGUCAUACUGAAUUGGAUGAUCUCAAAUAGCCAAAGCUUAGAUUCAGGAUUGAUUGCUUGCUUGCUUAUCCAACAACUAGUAAAUAAUUUCAGAGGAUGGAGAGCGGUGGUCAGUAUGAAAAUGGGCGUUACAACCCCGAUUACUACAAAGAAGGAACACACUCUGUCUGGAAUGCGAUGCCUAAUCAUCAUCAGACAAAGGAGGACCAACAUAAUGCUCUGGUCAUGAAUCAGAAGAUCAUGUCCAUCCUUGCCGAGAGAGACGCUGCCCUCAAGGAAAGAGAUGACGCCCUGGCUGCCAAGCAGGAAGCUUUAGCCGCUCGGGACGAAGCACUUGACCUACGCGACAAAGCUCUCUCUCUAAGAGAUAAUGCUAUUCUGGAGAGGGACAGUGCCUUAAGUGCUCUUCAGUUCCGUGAACACAAUCUAAACUACAUUUUGUCACGUGCAAAGCUCGGUGCCUCCCAAAGCUCUCACUUACCCAACCCUUCCCCCUUGUCAACUAUUCCACAUGAAGCUGCUCCAAGUAAAAGAAAAAAAAAGCGCAAACAGGAAACAAGGUCAAAGGGAAAGAGAGUAGGCGAAGAUCAUGUUGCUUCUCCUGGAAAGAAAUGCAGAAAAGAUUGGGACAGUAACGUUGUCGGCUUAAACCUUGUCACCUUCGAUGAGACGACAAUGCCAGUGCCCAUGUGCACUUGUACUGGUACUGCUCGUCACUGUUACAAAUGGGGGAACGGCGGGUGGCAAUCAUCAUGCUGCACUACCACUUUGUCUCUGUAUCCUCUUCCGCAGAUGCCAAACAAGCGCCAUUCUCGAGUGGGCGGUAGGAAAAUGAGCGGAAACGUCUUCUCCAGGCUACUUAGCCGUUUAGCUGGCCAAGGCCACGACCUCUCCUCUCCCGUUGAUCUCAAGGAUUAUUGGGCUAGGCACGGCACCAAUCGCUACAUCACGAUCAUGUAGGCAAAGUAUGUUUUCUCUUUUUUUUUUUUUCUAUCUCUCUUUUCGUUUUAAUAUUUUAGGUUCAAAGGUGGAAUGAAAGAAUGAAGCUUGUUUAGUUCCAUUCUUAUUUUUAUUGUCCAUAGUUCUUGUUAAUGCAAAUGGUUUUUGGCUUGGUCUCUGUGUGUUUAUGUAAUUAAUAAAACAAUUGUCAUAUUUUGUUUUACGAUUUCUUCGAAUCUCAAAAGGCUUAAACCAGUUCUUCAUUCUCUCCGCUCUUCUGACGGAUCAUCAUCUACUACGGCGUGUCCCUAAUCGUUCCCCCUGUUCUCAUCUUGCUCAGUCUGGACAUCACCAGAUGUUCCAGCAACUCAACAUCAGCCAGUUAAGACAGGAGCCACAGUCCCAGCAGAACCUGAUGGUAACAUGUCAGCAAAAUGGACAAGUAGACCGGGUGUUGAGGUGUUGGCUGGAUCAAAGGAUUGGAGUUGCAUAUCAACUAGGCAAACAGUAUAUUUAUUUUUUUUAUCUAUGUGCAGUGUGUUGAAUUAUUAUGUAUAUUACAGAUGAAAUCCAGUUAUAUUUCAGAUCAUGGUAGAUA